CCCAAACCCCACACCACUUGCAUUGUUGCAUUGCAUCCAUCCAAACCUUUCCUAAUUAUUCCUCUUCAUAAUGCACUUCCCCCUUUCCAUUUUAUGCACCACCCAAACCUUAUUCUUCAUUCCAUUAUAAUCUCUCUCUCUCUCUCUCAUCUUUCCCCUUUCUAUUCUUGUAAACAAAUCUAAGCUAUGACCCAAACAUGUCACAAACCCCCCAAGGUCCUAACUACCCUUCAGCUCUUUUUAUUGUUAUUGUUCCUGCAACUUCUCUUCCUCCUCCACUCCAGUGUGGGUCUUGAAGCUUGUGGGAAAAAUGUGGCAGGAGUGGCGGCGGGGAAACGGCUAGUGCCGAUGAAGACGGAGCGGGAGUUCAGAGCGGGUGUAGAUUUAAUAACAGGCGGAGGCGGCGGGAGGCGGAGGUUGGAUCCGUUCCAGCUGUGUUCGGAGUGCAAGUGUUGUGAGGCGCCGGAAGACACAGGCAACUGCACUACGACGUCGUGCUGCUUCGGCAUAGAUUGCCAGCUUCCAAACAAGCCCUUCGGGGUCUGCGCUUUUGUCCCCCAGUCUUGCAACUGCACUUCCUGCAAUGUUAUUUAGCUAGCUAGCUAUAGGCUUGGCCACCAUAUGUUCAUGCACACAUACAUGCACAUCCAUGUUUAAUUAAUUCACUCUCUUCAGAGUGCAUAUAUAUAAUAUUAUGGGGAAUUCAUCAUAUUUAUAUUUCUACUUAGACUCUGUUUGGUAGCAAAACAAAUGUGGAUUUGGAAU